AGAACAAGCUCUAUGAGCAGCAUCUUGGAAAGUCUGCCAACUUCCAGAAGCCCAAGCCUGCCAAAGGCAAGCCCGAGGCCCACUUCUCCCUGAUCCACUACGCGGGCACCGUGGACUACAACAUUGUCGGUUGGCUGGACAAGAACAAGGACCCCCUGAACGACACCGUGGUCGGGCUGUACCAGAAAUCCUCAGUGAAGACUCUGGCUCUCCUCUUCGCUGGAAGAGAAACUGAAGCAGAGUCUUCUGGAAAGAAAGGUGGUAAGAAGAAGGGUUCUUCCUUCCAGACCGUGUCUGCUCUCUUCAGGGAGAAUUUGAACAAGCUGAUGACCAACCUGAGGAGCACUCACCCUCACUUUGUACGGUGCAUCAUCCCCAAUGAAACCAAAACUCCCGGGGCCAUGGAGCAUGAACUGGUCCUGCACCAGCUGCGCUGUAACGGAGUGCUGGAGGGCAUCCGCAUCUGCAGGAAGGGCUUCCCCAGCAGGAUCCUCUAUGCAGACUUCAAACAGAGAUACAAAGUAUUAAAUGCAAGUGCCAUCCCUGAAGGACAGUUCAUUGACAGCAAGAAGGCUUCUGAGAAGCUCCUUGGGUCCAUCGACAUUGACCACACCCAGUACAAAUUCGGUCACACCAAGGUCUUUUUCAAAGCUGGUCUUCUGGGGCUCCUAGAGGAGAUGCGAGAUGACAAGCUGGCCCAGCUGAUGACCCGAACCCAGGCCAGGUGCAGAGGGUUCUUGGCAAGAGUGGAGUACCAGAAGAUGGUGGAGAGAAGAGAGUCCAUCUUCUGCAUCCAGUACAAUAUCCGUGCCUUCAUGAAUGUGAAGCACUGGCCCUGGAUGAAGCUGUAUUUCAAGAUCAAGCCCCUCCUCAAGAGCGCAGAAACAGAGAAGGAGAUGGCCAACAUGAAGGAAGAAUUUGAGAAGACCAAAGAAAGCCUUGCAAAGUCUGAAGCCAAAAGGAAAGAGCUGGAGGAAAAAAUGGUCACUCUGAUGCAAGAGAAAAAUGACCUGCAGCUCCAGGUUCAAUCUGAAGCAGAUAGCUUGGCUGAUGCAGAGGAAAGAUGUGACCAGUUGAUCAAAACCAAAAUCCAGCUGGAGGCCAAGAUCAAGGAGGUGACUGAGAGAGCUGAGGAUGAGGAAGAGAUCAAUGCUGAGCUGACGGCCAAGAAGAGGAAGCUGGAGGACGAAUGUUCAGAACUGAAGAAAGACAUAGAUGACCUUGAGCUGACACUGGCCAAGGUUGAAAAGGAGAAACAUGCCACAGAGAACAAGGUAAAAAACCUCACAGAAGAGAUGGCAGGACUGGAUGAAGUCAUAGCUAAGCUGACCAAGGAAAAGAAGGCCCUCCAGGAGGCCCACCAGCAGACCCUGGAUGACCUACAGGCAGAAGAGGACAAAGUCAACACCCUGACCAAAGCUAAAACCAAGCUAGAGCAGCAAGUGGAUGAUCUUGAAGGGUCCUUGGAGCAAGAAAAGAAACUGCGCAUGGACUUAGAGAGAGCCAAGAGGAAACUGGAGGGUGAUCUAAAAUUGGCCCAAGAAUCCACAAUGGAUAUAGAAAAUGACAAACAGCAACUUGAUGAGAAACUCAAAAAGAAAGAAUUUGAGAUGAGCAAUCUGCAAAGCAAGAUUGAAGAUGAACAGGCCCUUGCGAUGCAGCUGCAGAAGAAGAUCAAGGAGUUGCAGGCCCGCAUUGAGGAGCUGGAGGAGGAAAUCGAGGCAGAGCGGGCAUCCCGGGCCAAAGCAGAGAAGCAGCGCUCUGACCUCACCCGGGAACUGGAGGAGAUCAGCGAGCGGCUGGAAGAAGCCGGUGGGGCGACUUCAGCCCAGAUUGAGAUGAACAAGAAGCGGGAGGCCGAGUUUCAGAAAAUGCGCCGGGACCUGGAGGAGGCCACCCUGCAGCACGAAGCCACGGCGGCCGCGCUGAGGAAGAAGCACGCGGACAGCGUGGCCGAGCUGGGGGAGCAGAUUGACAACCUGCAGAGGGUCAAGCAGAAGCUGGAGAAGGAGAAGAGUGAGAUGAAGAUGGAGAUCGAUGACCUGGCCAGCAACAUGGAGACCGUCUCCAAAGCCAAGGGAAACCUAGAGAAGAUGUGCCGCACUCUAGAAGACCAACUCAGUGAACUUAAGACAAAGGAGGAAGAGCAGCAGCGGCUGAUCAAUGACCUGACAGCUCAGAGAGCACGCCUGCAGACGGAAUCAGGUGAAUAUUCACGCCAGCUAGAUGAAAAGGACACAUUAGUUUCUCAGCUCUCGAGGGGCAAACAAGCAUUCACACAACAGAUCGAGGAACUGAAAAGGCAGCUUGAAGAGGAGAUAAAGGCCAAGAGUGCUCUGGCUCAUGCCCUGCAGUCGGCCCGCCAUGACUGUGACCUGCUGCGGGAACAGUACGAGGAGGAGCAGGAAGCCAAGGCCGAGCUGCAGAGGGCGAUGUCCAAGGCCAACAGCGAGGUGGCCCAGUGGAGGACCAAAUACGAGACGGACGCCAUCCAGCGCACGGAGGAGCUGGAGGAGGCUAAGAAGAAGCUGGCCCAGCGUCUGCAGGAUGCCGAGGAACAUGUGGAAGCCGUGAAUGCCAAAUGUGCUUCCCUUGAGAAGACCAAGCAGAGGCUCCAGAAUGAAGUGGAGGACCUCAUGAUAGAUGUGGAGAGGACAAAUGCUGCCUGUGCAGCCCUGGACAAAAAGCAAAGGAACUUCGAUAAGGUCCUAGCAGAAUGGAAACAGAAGUGUGAAGAAACUCAUGCUGAACUUGAAGCUUCCCAGAAAGAGGCCCGCUCCCUUAGCACAGAGCUGUUUAAGGUCAAGAAUGCUUAUGAGGAAUCGUUAGACCAACUUGAAACCUUGAAGCGGGAAAAUAAGAAUUUGCAACAGGAGAUUUCUGAUCUUACUGAGCAGAUUGCAGAAGGAGGGAAACAUAUCCAUGAACUGGAAAAAAUAAAGAAGCAAAUUGAGCAAGAAAAGUCUGAAAUUCAAGCUGCUCUAGAGGAGGCAGAGGCAUCUCUUGAACACGAAGAGGGUAAGAUCCUGCGCAUCCAGCUGGAGUUGAACCAAGUCAAGUCUGAGAUUGACAGGAAAAUUGCUGAAAAGGAUGAGGAAAUUGACCAGCUGAAGAGGAACCACGUUAGAGUCGUCGAGUCAAUGCAGAGCACUCUGGAUGCUGAGAUCAGGAGCAGAAAUGAUGCCAUCAGACUCAAGAAGAAGAUGGAGGGAGACCUCAAUGAAAUGGAAAUCCAGCUGAACCAUGCCAACCGCAUGGCUGCUGAAGCCCUGAGAAACUACAGGAACACCCAAAGCAUCCUCAAGGACACCCAGCUACACCUGGAUGAUGCUCUCCGGGGCCAGGAGGACCUGAAGGAGCAGCUGGCCAUGGUGGAGCGCAGAGCCAACCUGCUGCAGGCCGAGAUUGAGGAGCUGAGGGCCUCCCUGGAGCAGACAGAGAGGAGCAGGAAAAUCGCAGAACAGGAGCUCCUGGACGCCAGUGAGCGCGUCCAGCUCCUGCACACUCAGAACACCAGUCUAAUCAACACCAAGAAGAAGCUGGAGACAGACAUCUCCCAACUCCAGGGAGAGAUGGAGGACAUUAUCCAGGAAGCUCGCAAUGCGGAAGAGAAGGCCAAGAAGGCCAUCACUGACGCUGCCAUGAUGGCCGAGGAGCUGAAGAAGGAGCAGGACACCAGCGCCCACCUGGAGCGGAUGAAGAAGAACCUGGAGCAGACGGUGAAGGACCUGCAGCACCGCCUGGAUGAGGCUGAGCAGCUGGCCCUGAAGGGCGGGAAGAAGCAGAUCCAGAAGCUGGAGGCCAGGGUACGUGAACUCGAAGGAGAAGUCGAAAGUGAACAGAAGCGCAACGUUGAAACCGUCAAGGGUCUACGCAAACAUGAGAGAAAAGUGAAGGAACUCACUUACCAAACUGAGGAAGACCGCAAGAACAUUCUCAGGCUCCAGGAUUUGGUGGAUAAACUGCAAUCCAAGGUGAAAGCUUACAAGAGACAAGCUGAGGAAGCGGAGGAACAAUCCAAUGUCAACCUCUCCAAGUUCCGCAAGCUCCAGCACGAGCUGGAGGAAGCCGAGGAGCGGGCGGACAUCGCUGAGUCCCAAGUCAACAAGCUGCGGGUGAAGAGCCGGGAGGUUCACACGAAAAUCAUAAGUGAAGAGUGAGUCACCCAAAUGCUAAAAAGUGACCAAAGAAAUGCACAAAAUGUGAAAAUCUUUGUCACUCUGUUUUAUACUAAUGAGUUUUGCAGAUAAAAAAUUUAUCUG